GCGUGCUGCGCGGGUAGGAGCGUGGCGGUGCCGUUCGUUCCAUGCCGCAGGUUGCUGCUGCGCGAAUGGUGCGGUACCCGUGAAAACGUCCAUCACUCGCGGUUUCUUCUCGUCUCUUAACAUCGCCGGCGCCUUCUCGGAGCCCCGAAGUCAUCGCAAACAUGCUGGAUCUCGAAGAGAACUGCUACUUCGAGGAGGACAAAAUUGGCGGCGCGGCGGGCGCAUGCUAUGUCUGAUGUGGCGGGUGGCUACCAGCUUGUGCCCCAAGAGGACCCAGACGACUCGCCGGAUACCUUCUACUUCUCAAUGGAGGACCGCAUGGGCAUGACAGUGACCUCUGGCAGCGUGGUCAUCCAGAAGGAUGACAGCAACCUCAUCGGCAUCAGCAUCGGAGGAGGUGCCCCCCUCUGCCCCUGCCUAUAUGUCGUGCAGGUGUUUGACAACACACCGGCUGCCCGUGAUGGCACGCUGCAGUCUGGCGACGAGAUUGUGGGCGUCAACGGAACUGCCGUCAAGGGCAAGACCAAGGUCGAGGUUGCCAAGAUGAUCCAGAGUGUCAAGCAGAAAGAAGUGACGAUCAACUACAACAAGCUCCACGCGGACCCGAAGCAGGGCAAGACGCUCGACAUUGUGCUGAAAAAGGCCAAGCACCGCAUUGUGGAGAACAUGAGUUCCACCACCGCAGAUGCUCUCGGUCUUAGUCGGGCCAUCCUAUGCAACGACAGCCUGGUGAAGAAGCUGGAGGAGCUGUCGAGGAACGAGCAAAUAUACAAGGGCCUCAUGGAGCACACCCAUCACAUGCUCAAGGCCUUCUUCGACAUGUGCCACGUUUAUCGCACAUUUGGUGACGUUUUUGCCGAGAUCGGAGUUCGUGAGCCCCAGCCAAGGGCCAGUGAAGCCUUCACUCGCUUUGGCGAGGCUCACCGAAGCAUUGAGAAGUAUGGCAUCAAACUGCUCAAGACUGUGCGACCCAUGCUGAGUGACCUGAACACGUACCUGAACAAGGCCGUACCCGACACCAAAUUGACCAUCAAGAAGUAUGCAGAUGCGAAGUUUGAAUACCUGUCGUACUGCUUGAAGGUCAAGGAGAUGGACGACGAAGAGUACGCCUACCAGGCGCUGCAGGAACCACUCUACCGGGUGGAGACGGGCAACUACGAGUACCGCCUGAUCCUGCGCUGUCGUCAGGACGCCCGCGUGCGCUUUGCCAAGCUGCGCUCCGAUGUGCUCGUCAAACUCGAGCUGCUCGACCAGAAGCAUGUGCAGGACAUAGUGUUCCAGCUUCAGCGGCUGGUGUCCGCGCUGUCCCAGUACCACAGCGACUGCCACGGGGUCAUGAAGGGCAGCUGCAUCUUCCCCAUUGAGGUGGACCUGUCACGCUCCACGUUCCACUACCCGGACCCUUCUGUCAGCCCCUACCAGGACGAGGAGGAAGAAGACGAAGAGGAUGAUGAACUGCUCUCGGCCGGCUCGGGGCCAUCCACAGCCGAUGGCAACAGCGCAAGUGCCUCAAGCUCGACCACCUUGGUUGCCGCCGCUGUUGAGAAGUCCCUGCUGCUCAACGACUAGUCGGGGGCUACUCCGGUCCUUGCCUUGUCUUGGCCACGGUUCCGGCAGUCACCAUCUUGGCCCAGUUGACCGUGGCACUGUGAAGCUGAAGGUUUAAGUGACUAGUCAUUUUUUUCUUGCAGCCUUCUGCGCUGCCUAGUCGGGACUUUCUAAAACGGGUGUCUGAGGAGGUGUUUGUUAUAAAUUUUCAUCGCUGCAGCGAAUUCUCAACUGGUGCAGUGAUGUCUGAUGCAUUCCACAGCCACACAGGCCUACCCUCCUGCUUUUGCAUCCUGCGCAGAGUCAUUCCAGCGGCAAUUAAACAUCUGUCGGGUUUACCAUAUGUUUGCCUCUUACGCAUUUUUGAAUUUCUUUGUAUGUAUAUUGAGGAUCUUGACGUUUAAAGAAACAGAAAUUCAUUUAUAUUUAGAAUAUUUUCUUGGCCUUUUGGCUUAUAUCCCCAUAGACUUGCAGGCAAAGCUCAUGUGAUGUACAUAUUUUUAUGUGUCCGUCUAGUCAUAUUUUCUGAAGUGACGUGUGUGCUACAUGGUGUUGAAAUCCUGACACAGUAUUCGAGGAAUAGCAACAAUGAGCAUUUGUACAUCUAAAUUGUAUACGGAGUGAAGACGAUGUGCCAGCAACAAGUUUUUAUAUUAUUUUGUGUUUUUGUCAUGAACGCACAUGUAUGACUGGAAUCUGUUGAACUGCAACGUACUAUUACGCACAGCAUUGAACACCGGUGUAAAGCUUUCCAGGUUGCAACUUACAAUAGUUCUAACUUCUCGUGCUGCAUGGAACUUGAUCGCAUUAGUGACUUGCACGACACGCUUACUUAACGAACGAAUUGAGCAUUCUUUUAUUACGCGUGUUUUGCGAUACGAGAUGCUCGAAUUUAUUUAGCCUUCCAAAUAUUUUGUGUUCUUUGUCUCACCGGGUCAUUUAGAGUUUUUCAAGGCUUUGUUUUUUUGCUCUUUGCAUGUAGUACUUUUGCUUAACUACAUUUGAGCCUCAAUAUAACGAAUGUAGAUGUAAUAAUUUAAAUGUAAGAUGUUCCCAAGUAUUAUGGGCAUCUGAAAAAUAAAAUGCUUAUACCAAGUAGUAUUGAGCAUAAAGUCGUUUUUUUGUUGGAUGCAACUUCGUUAUAUAGGGACUCAACUGUAUCGAUCUCGUGCCCGCUUGUCUUUCGAAGGUGGCUGAUUUCUAGGGGUGUGCAAAUAGAGAAUUUUCCUACUGAAUCGAAUGCAAACUGAAUAAUAUUUGAAUAGUUUUCGAAUUGUAAGGCAGCGUUUUUUAAGACAGCACUAGAAAUUUACGUUUUACUUCAAACAAAUAUUCUCAGACUUUCACAAACAGACAUUACGAUUACUUUAACCGCGAAAAAAUGCCGCAAUUAGUAAAUUGAGGUAACCUCUUACACAGCGGUGGCUAGAGCCUUCAUGAUAUUUUGUAACUGCAGGAUUAAAUACAGUGAUUACUUCAGUAUUCAAGGUGGUGCUUUAUCACCAGCUUUUUCACAAGACUGAGGCAUCAAAAUUAAACAAUGUUUUAUAAAUCAAUGUUAUCAUGAAUUUUAUGAUGAUACUGAGUUGAGGACACACUCACUUUGGCAACACUAAACUAUUGAGAAAAAACGGCUUCAUCCGAUCACUAAAUGGGUUAUGAACCACCCCUCAAGCUUGGUGAGAAGGUAGGUUCUAUUUCAAAUCAUUUUUGCAAAAUCCUGCAAGGUGGCAGAAUCCAUAUGGAUUUCUCAAAAAGAAAGCUCCUUAGUUGCCAAAAAAUUCAUCCUGGUUCGGGGAUCGAACCGGGGACUAACGCCUUUCCAGGGGCCGUUGCUCCACUGAGCUAACCAGGAAGCCAGCAGUUGCCAGCGCAAGGGCGAAUACAUCGACAACUGGAAGCACAUGGACACAUAUUGCUGGAAAUCAGUUCUGCGGAAUUCUGCAAGAUGGCGGAAUGGUUAAGAAGAAAGGGAAAUUGACAACCACUCGUUCGUAGCACGAAGUCACAAGGAAAUUCUUACGGAUUUCUCAAAAAGAACGCUUUUUAGUUGCCGAAAAAUUCGUCCUGGUCAAUGGAUCAAACCCAGGACCAACGCCCUUCCGGGACGGUCGCUCUACCAGCAAUAUGUUUCCAUGUGCUUUGAGCUGUCGAUGAAUUCGCCCUCGCACUGCCAAUUGCUAGCUUCCUGGUUAGCUCACUUGGUAGAGCGACUGCCCCGGAAAGGCGUUGGUCCCGGGUUCAAUCACUGACCAGGACAAAUUUUUCUGCGACUAGGAAGCUUUGUUUCUAUCCGUGUGGAUUUCCUUGUGACUUUGUGCUACAAAUGUGUGGCUGUCAGUUUCCCUUUCUUAAAAUACGUCCUGCAGAAUGUAGGUGCUGCUCUGAACAGCUCAGCCAAGUCUUGCAGUCGUGCGUGGCAAGAAGCGUUUAUAAGUGGAGUGCGAAGUUGGAACUUUCUCAAGCAUGCUCUCUUCAUUAGAGGCCUGUGCUCACUUUCUUCGGUGGACAGGGCACCUGCUGUAUGUCUGCAUACAGCAGAUUGCUGCCAUUGGCCAGUAGCUGGCAUAAACCUAGAGUGCCAUUUGGAUCCGAUGCGCUUCUUGCAGGAGUGCCUCAAUGUGCCGAAGCCGUGCUCCAUAGUAUGCUAACAUUACACAGUGAGCCACACUAAUACACAGGAAUCAUAACGGGAGAGAGUGAUCGCGUUUCAUCACGUGCUCAAGGCCAUGACGCGUGCUGACGUAACGUCCUGCUCCUGUGCCAUCCGUCCCUGUUUAACUUCCAGCGCGAUCGUCAGGACUAGGUGCACGACAUAUCCGUGUAACUCCGCUUGUUCUUGACAGAUUCGAGAAAUGUCUGUGGCAAUCAAUUCGCGAGGCAGUAAAAUCUGAUAUCGAAGUCAUUCGAUGAGUACUUGGAAAAGUGGUUCAUGAGACUUUUGAAAUAGCAUCGAUAGUCCCGUAAGAGCUUGGGCAGCAUGCAUUUUGGUGCUUCAGUAAUUGAAACAAGAAAAAUGACCCCUCACUGUUCUAGAAUUUUAUUUGUUUCGGUUUUUUCCAUAGGUGCUGAUUAUUCAAAAAGUAUUAGAUGAAUUCUCGGCAUUUCGAAUGUGCAUUAUUCGAUUGGAGUACCGAAUUUAAUAGACCGCUAUUCAAUUCAUUACUAUUUGAAAAAUUUUCUAAUAUUCGCACACCCCUGCUGAUUUCCUUUUCUUUAUUUUUCUGUUUUUAAUAACUUUGCCUACAUGAUUCUUUUUUGUUCUUUGGUUACGAAAGAAUGUCAACACACUUGCACUGCACUAUUUUCAAUCUCUUGUUUGUCAUCGUGCAAGAUUGUCGAAGCCUCAUGAAGGGAUGGUGGCACCUCCUGCGUUCGUUCUUGCAACACGUUUUCUUCCAGAUUGUGAUUCUUGCUGGUGGUUCAGAGCAGAAACGGCGUUAGUGUGUGUUUGAAGUCUUCCUGCAAUGGUGUGUCUGUAUCAAUGCACCCCCUGUCUAUCUCAAGACGUCAUUGUAAAUCUUUUUUAACGCUCUAGCACCUAUGCACAUCCGACAGAAACAGAAAUUUCAUAUUUUUUUCUAGCAAAGAUUUAUUUACAAGAACAGUCCAGAUCUGCCAGAAUCCCCUGAAUAUUUUUGUGAUUUAAUGAUGUCUGAUAUGAAAAAAACCCUUGGAGGCACAUAGCAGUAUGAAACACUUACUGGUGUAUUGAAGUACACUUGCAUUAAUGUGACAGUACAGCCAACAGUUAGUGAAGUUUAUGGCACAUUAGAAGAUAUUUUUUGUGACACUUAAAAAUGUGCUCUAUAGUGGCAAACUAUGCCAGAAUUCGCUAUGACAUUUAUUGAUGUUGACGUGAUUGGCAAAAGUAAUAUUCUAACACAGCCACCACUGAAAUACUUCCUCUAUUAGCUCUGUACUAGAGCUGGCCUCCUCUCUUGAGCGUCUUUCCUUUGGACAUGUGAUGCCUUAAAAUGUGCUUGCCCUGUCCCCAUCCUUCUUGUGUGGCUUCUAAGUGCAUUGGUGGCAUUCAGUAUGUGCAAGCAUUUAGAAUUAGCUCACUGCUCAUGCGAAUUCAUGACACAGCGUUUGAUACAUUCGACUGCUGUGCUUCAGUAUUGUGUGGUAGUGUUUUGAUCUGCCCAGCAGGGGAGAAACAAUAAAUUUUUGUCUUAAUUUGAAAGUGAUGUGUAAAAAUACUAAAGAGCUACAUCGAUAUAUACAGCACAGUUGUUGUAGAUUGUGGAUGCUAAUCACAUAAGAAAGUGAAAUGUGCAUGAAGAUAUAUAAGUAGAUUGCACAUUUUUGUGAUGGUUGAAUUGAUAAUGACAGAUU